CUGCGCUCGUGACGACAACAAACAUGGAGGAGUAUGCCCGUGAACCCUGUCCCUGGAGGAUAGUGGAUGACUGUGGAGGUGCCUUCACUAUGGGUGCAAUUGGAGGAGGAGUGUUCCAGUCGAUCAAAGGCUUUCGUAAUGCCCCUGCAGUGAGUUCACCACAUGAUAAUGAUAAAAGUUUGAGCUUGGACUCUCAUCGGGCAAAAUUCAACUCAACAGUUGCUCUGAUGUUACAGGGUGUCGGACACAGACUGAGAGGGAGCGCAAACGCUGUGAGAAUAAGAGCUCCACAGAUCGGAGGUAGCUUUGCUGUUUGGGGAGGACUCUUCUCCACAAUCGACUGUGGUUUAGUUCGCCUGAGAGGGAAAGAAGAUCCCUGGAACUCCAUAACAAGUGGUGCACUGACUGGGGCCAUCCUAGCAGCGCGCAGUGGGCCGUUAACUAUGAUGGGCUCUGCCAUGAUGGGAGGAAUUCUGCUCGCUCUCAUCGAGGGUUUUGGGAUCCUCCUGACCAGAUAUACAGCGCAGCAGUUUCAGAACCCUAUUCCCUUUGCAGAUGACCCCAGUCAGUUACCUCCAAAGGAUGGAGGUCAGCAGCAGCAGCAGGGGGCAAAGGGGCAGUUUCAGUAGAAAGCAAGAAGGACUGGGGCCAGCUGUGGACGCAGUGAGUCAGACCACAGAGUAAGGGCAGACACCAGACAUCACAGCAGGUGUUAGGAUGACCAGAAGGAUACGGAGACACUGUGCACAGUUGCAUAAAAUCACUUAGACUAAGGUUAGCCUUAGAUUUUCAUCUAAGGAUGUCUUGUGUAAAAUUACCAUGAGGUUUUCCAUAGGAUGUUCAAAGGGGAAACCCUUCGAUCUCUAAGUGUUUACCCGUAGCUACUUAAGUAAUUCCUUAUGCUUUAAAUCAAAUCAAAUCAAAUCAAAUCAAAUCAAGUUUAUUUGUAUAGCCCUUUACAAUAGCCAGACGGUACCCAAAGUGCUUUACAACAAAGCCGUAAAAACAAUACGUAACAGGUACAUAACAAAUAAAUACAAUUAAAUUUAAAUACAGUUAAAAAUUAAAAGUGCUAAAGUGUAAAAAACCUUUCCAGAAAUACCUAAGAAGCAGCAGACAGAAUGAGUACACCUGAAGGAACGGCACUGCCCUAGUCGGAAAAAAACGCCAAUCUAAAAAAGUGGGUCUUUAACAGAUGGUCCUUGUAACCAUUUCCCCUGAAACUUUAAGGGACCAAUCUCUUAAAACUGUGUGACAUAAGACGAUGGCUGGAUAUACGGUGAAUUUUUUGAAUUUUGAACACUAAACAUUGUAACGUUAACCUUUGCACUAGCAGCUUUGUAGCCAGCUAUACAAAGGUUAACAUAACUCUCUCAUAUGUUAAAGGUAGCAUUAUUGUUUUAUUGAAACUCAGCAGUUUCUGUCGAUCCCUGCCGAUGUUUGGCUGUCUCCCUUCUUGCUGUCACAGUAAUACUUUCAUUUUGCUUCAUUGCUUCAUCUACAGUUCAUUUGACAGUAAGAUUUGAUCUUCUGCUUGUGCGUAUUUGUCAUGGCUGGGUUAAAUUUAAUUUGGAUUUGUCAAGAAUGACGAUGUGAGUGAAGUGUUACAUGUGCUGCAUUAUAACUGUAACUACGAUGAAGAUCUUCGUCUAAACACUACGGCAAGGAGACAACUUAGGAGACUUAUUGGGACGCUCUUAAAUGAAGUAUUUUGCAAAAGAGACAAACUUAAGUUUAAAGUUUAAGGUAGUUUAUGUAACCAGGCACUUACAGCGGUGUCGGGUAGUUGCACUAUGUUGUUACAUCUCAGGGGUAAAUUAAUGUGAGGUGAAGUUAUUAUUCAUGAGUGAAUGUUUCUAUGCGAAUCAUGAUCUUUGUGACAAACUUCCAGCAUCUCAGCAUUUUAUUCUGUCUACACUGUGGGUUAAAUAUGCAAUUCUGAGAUUUAUUUAUAAAAUCAUCAUUUAUUCUGAUUAUUCUGGGCAACGCGUAUAUAUUAAAGGAAUAGUUUGACAUUGUGCGAGAUACACUUAAUCUCUCCUUCUUCUUCAAGAGAAAAUCAAUAGCACUCUGUUUUGGAUCUGGAGCCAGCGGCUGCUUAGCUUAGAGUUAAAAGACUUGAAACAGGAAGAAACAGCAAGCUUGGCUCUGCUCAAAGAUACAAAAUCCAGCUACAAGGUCCUCUAAAGUUCACAGAUUAACAUGCUACAUCUCGUUUGUUUUAUUUGUUCAAAAAAACUCAGCAUAAAAAGGACAAUUUGUUAUUUUGUGGGAGGUUUAUGUGCCCAGACUGUUAACGUAUUUCUUGGCUGGCUGCAGUGCCUUGUCAUCACUGUGAGGUUGCCAGACAACCAGUAAAGUUGGCAUCAAUCUUCGCUUGUAACUCUUGGCAAGAAAAGCAAAUAAGUGUAUUUCCCCCAAAAAAUCUAACUAUACCUUUAAGCAUCCAAAGAUCUUUAGCAAACAGUGAAGCCUGAAGUGUUUUACGGAAAGCGAGAUGUCUGUUUGUUCAGUGGGGUUUUAGCGUGGAGAGUGGUAGUCUGAGAAUUUAUGAUUUAUUUAUUUAAUGUGACAAUCAAUGCAAUGAGCUGAGUGUGUGUUUUUAAAUGUUUAAGAGGCUCAACAAAACCUCAUUCCAUUCUUCGUUUGCAGUUUCUCUUAACAGGAUCAUGCCUCACCCGGCAGCUUUUGUCAUUUUAAAUCUUUGGUUGCGUAGUUAUCAUCUUAGAUAUUUUAGCUUUGAGCACAAAUCAUGUCUUUUCUGCAUGGAUUCCUCGAAUAUUAUUACCUAAUUAUGGCUUGAUUCACUCAGACGGUUCUCCUCUUGUCACUUUGAUCGCUGCAUUAUCAAACAGCUGAGCACUUUUUUAGACUUCAUCUCUGUUUUUAUCAGAAUGGUAGCAUCUGCACGAGCAGCGAGAUGAUGCAGCAUGAUCCUGUGUUUCACUGUCAAACUGUGAAUGUAUAAAAAAGAAGUUUAUUUUAUGUAUAGAUAUAUUUAUCUUGGAAAAGUUUAGAAAAAACAAUAAAGGCAUCAAAUGUUCUUUAAGACCUGCAGUGGUGUUGUUCUUUCACAGCUUUAGAGGCUUACAAUUAAGCAGUAAUGUGAGAUAGUAAUCUAACUAACCUGUGUGUCUAUUUACUGUGGAGGCACGCCCCCUGUCGACACUAACGCGGUACUGCACCCGCCGCCUGCGUCUGUCCAAGGUGCUGAAAUUAG